AUGAAUUUUUGGAAAUGGCUUUUUCCUUUUAUUUUCCUCACCCUGACAAACUUUGUUGUUAUCGUCGACUCCCUGUACCCAUCACCUUAUUUUCUCUAUCAAUGUCUUAAUAAUGGUAAUUACACAACUAAUAGCACAUACCACACUAACCUCAAUGGCCUCCUCUCUUCUGUCUCCUCUAAUAUUGAUAGAAAUGGAUUUUACUACAGCACUGCGGGGCAGUAUUCCAACAGAGUCAAUGCCAUUGCGCUCUGUAGAGGAGAUGUUCAGCUUGACAAAUGUCGUAGUUGUGUCUAUUAUGCUGCACUCUUCCUCUCACAAUUGUGUCCUUAUCAAAAACAGGCAAUUUUAAGCGAUCUACAUUGCAUGGUACGAUACUCCAAUGACUCCAUCUUCAGAACUCUUGCAAUUAGACCAUACUUUCAAGAGCGGGAAGCCGAAAGUGUCAUGAGUACGGACCAGUUCAACCAGGAUCUGAGAACAUUGUUCGACAGUCUUAGAUCCCGGGCCGCUUAUGGUGGGCCCCUCAAGAAGUUUGCUGCUGCGAAUCGAACAGCUCCAGCUUUUCAAACAAUUUAUGGACUUGUGCAGUGCACCCCUGAUUUAACCUCUCAGGAUUGCAGUAAUUGCUUGCUCCAGGCUGCUAAACUUAUGUCAGAAUGCUGUAAUGGAGCAAAAGGAGUUAAAAUCCACACCCCCAGCUGCUGUCUUCGUUACAGAACCAACCCCUUCUACAACAAUUCCAUGGUUGAAGAGCCCCCAAGGAUGAUACCAAAGCCACCAGCAGGAAAGAAUGCUAAUACAACUCGAACUAUCAUCAUCAUUAUUGUUCCUAUUGUAUUGGGUCUAAUACUCGUUAUUUGCGUUGGCAUCUUCCUAAGAAUGAGACAAAAGCGUAAACAAGAGGAAAAACUUGGAACUGACAAUGAAAAAUGCUCGCAAUACGACUUUGGUACAAUAAGAGCUGCAACAGACAAUUUUUCUGACGCUAACAAGCUUGGUCAAGGUGGAUUUGGCAUUGUUUACAAGGGAGAACUUCCAAAUGGAAAAGAAAUAGCAGUGAAAAGGAUAGGGGGAACCCCUGGAUACAUGGCACCUGAGUACGCUAUGCAUGGACAUUUUUCUGUUAAAUCAGCUGUCUUUAGCUUUGGUGUGCUAGUUCUAGAGAUUAUAACUGGUCAGAAAAUUAACAGUAGUUACCACAAUGGGAAUCCCAUUAGGAGUCUACUAAAUUUUGCUUGGAAAAAUUGGCAUGAAAGAACGACAACAAAUAUAAUAGAUCCUGCAUUGAGGGCUGCUUCAAGUUCCUUGCAAGAUAUUGUGCGAUCACUGCGAUGCCUUCAAAUCAGUUUGCUCUGUGUUCAAGAGAAUGCAGCUGACAGACCUACGAUGGCAAUGUUGGUUCUCAUGCUCUCUAACUUCUCCCUAACUCUGCCCGCACCAUCACAACCUGCAUUUUAUGAAUCCAGUUCACAUAUUUCAAGUUCAACAAUAUAUCAUACAAAUGAUGCCUUAUAG